AUGGCUAAUAAUUUGGUCAUUCGAGCACUUAGAGCUAAGGCAAAAUCGUUAAAUUUGAGCUCGAGGAACCUAAAGGAGCUGUUUAAAGAUGGUGUAAAGUUACCUCAGGUUUUGGAGCUCCAUGUAAACAACAAUCUCCUCAGGACUUUGCCUGUGGAGCUGCAGUGUAUGUGGCAGUUGACUGUACUUAACCUGGGAAAUAACACUUUUGAGGAGAUGCCAGAGGUCCUGAAGAAUCUUCACAGCUUGAAAAAGUUGUAUUUGUUUGGGAAUCAGAUUUCCACACUGAAUGUAGAGGUUCUGGAGAGUCUUUCAAACCUCGUCCUUCUCAACCUGAACCAUAACAAAAUCAAACUCAUCCCUCCAGCUAUAAAGAGCCUCUCGAAUUUGGAAAGGUUCAGUAUUGCAGACAAUCAGCUUGAGGAGAUUCCUGCUGAGUUCGGGCUGGUCAGUAAGUUGACAGAGAUAAAUUUAUCCAGGAACAAGCUGAGUGAAAUCCCACAGGAGUUGUAUAAGUUAAUACAUCUGAGGAAACUGAGCUUGGCUAGAAACAGUCUUAAACAGUUACCAGAGGGAAUAAAUGGAUGGAAAAAUCUGAAGACGUUGGAUGUUGCAGGUAACCACCUGUCUAUGUUUCCAGUCAAUUUCCACCUUCUUGAGCUGGAAGAAUUAUACUUUGAAGGAAACGAUCUUGUUCAGUUGAAGCUGUUUACUUCUUGUAAAAAGGAGGAAGUUCUACCAUUAAAGGAACUUGCUGCCAGAGUCAUCCUGAAAGAACACUUAAAUAAGUCGUCUGUGGUGUCCAGGGCUUCACUUCUCCUUCCAGAUGUACACGCGAUGAUCUCUCGGUUUGGAAGGUGUGCUGUGUGCUUUGAACCCUUUCUGACCCCCUGGGUGGAGUGUGUACAGUUCAUCAGCUUGCGCAAGGACAUGGGGAUAAAAAAAUUCCAAGAAUAUUCCAGUUCGAGUGCUGCUGUGUUCCUCUUCCUGCUUCAACAAGAGUGGCCACUCUUACUACAGCGUCGUUAA